AUGGUGUGUGUGGCUGCGGUCAUAGCCCAUCCACUGGAGCGAGUUGCAGCCUCUGCAGCUUGGUCCCGGCCUAUGCUCGUCGCAGUCAAAGGAGAGCUCCAGCCCCUGCGGACUGCGGUGCGUGCUCCCCAUGGGCGAACUCCAGCCACGGCGCCGCGGCCUCGACGCGUGCUCGUCGCCGACGAGUUGCAGCCUCGGCGCCGUGGCUUCGGCUGGUGGCGGGGGCCGCGGCCGUGCCUGGGCUUGGGCUCGGACAAGGGGAGGCGGAGGUCGUGCUGUGGCGCAAGAGGCGCCGACUUCCUCAUCCACCGGCGAGCUCCGUCCAGCGGCCGCUGUGAGGUGAAUGCGGGUUGGACCAUUGUGCUUCCCCAACUUCGCCGAGGUACGGCGGGCGGAGGGCCCGGCGAAGCGGAGGGGAUCACCUCGACUUCUGGAUGA